CGGAGAGGCUUUGGUUUGGGGGCGGGGCCUGGGUGCCUGGGACGGGGUCUUUGUGCCAGAGGCGGGAUCGAUACGACCUAGAAGGGGCCUGAGUGUCUUGGGCGUGGUCUGGCGUGCCCAGGCGUUGGCGCGUUCUGGCCGGGGUUCUCACCCCGGGCAGGGCCUAUAGGACUGGAGCCCGGACGUCGUCUCCGGGGCGUGACCUGUUCAUAUUGGGCGGGGUCUUCGCCCCUGAGGCGGGGCCUGCGCGUCCUUGCAGAGCUCCGGGUUGUAGCAGACAGAAAGACUGGCUAGGGUCUGAGAAAGGCAGCUGGGCACAGCCGAGAAAUGAACAGUGAACACCACAUUGAGGCGCUGUAAUUACAGCUAAGUGAUUGCAUUCGUGACCCUUUCAGUCCCAGAUUCGGCACUGGAGACAGCAGCCUCUGGGACAAAAAUUGCCUACAAACUAUGGAUGAUACAACUCCACUUGAUGUGAAAGACCACUUUGACACUGAAGUACAGAAGAACCGAGUACUAAGCCUGGGAGAAUGGCAAGAUAAAUGGGUGACCCGAAAAAUCGGAUUUCAUCAGGAACAAGGACACCAGCUAUUAAAGAAGUAUUUGGAUACAUUUCUUAAAGGCCAGAGUGGAUUGAGAGUGUUAUUCCCCCUGUGUGGAAAAGCAGUUGAGAUGAAAUGGUUUGCAGAGCGGGGCCACACUGUAGUUGGUGUAGAGAUCAGUGAAAUUGGGAUUCGGGAAUUUUUCGCAGAGCAGAAUCUUUCAUAUACAGAGGAACCGUUCAACGAAAUUGCUGGCGCCAAAGUGUUUAAGAGUUCUUCAGGGAAUAUUUCACUGUACUGCUGCAGCAUUUUUGAUCUUCCCAGAGCGAAUAUUGGCAAGUUUGACAGGAUUUGGGAUAGAGGAUCAUUAGUGGCUAUCAACCCAGGUGACCGUGAGCGCUAUGCAGAUAUAAUACUCUCCCUACUGACAGAAGAGUUUCAUUACCUUGUGGCUAUCCUUUCUUAUGAUCCAACAAAACAUGCAGGCCCACCAUUUUAUGUUCCAGAUACUGAACUUAAAAGGUUAUUUGGUACAAAGUGCAGCAUCCGCUGCCUUGAAGAGGUUGACGUUUUUGAAGAAAGACAUAAAGCCUGGGGGAUUGACUCCAUUUUGGAGAAAUUGUAUCUCCUUACAGAAAAGUAAAAAAGUGCUGCUGCUGCUGCUGCUGCUGGCGGUGGUGGCGGUGGUGGCGGUGCGCAUGCCUUUAAUCCCUGCACUUGGGAGGGAGGGGCAGGUGGAACUCUGUGAGUGUGAGGCCA